GUGUUUGGUAUGCGCAUGGGACGUGAUCCGCUCGUUUCCCUGGACCGAAUAUUCGGCCCAGAUCCGGAACGAGGUGAGACCUCGAAUUCCAGCGGACGACGCGGAACCGUCUCCCCCUCGUCUCUCUCUCGCAACCCCAUCCCCUCUCGCCCUCUCCUCUCUGGUGCGCCGCCUCCCCUCGUCCCUCUCCUCCCUCGAUUCGCGCCACCGGCAGUUCCUCUCCCCCAUCUGCACCGAUUUUUGCCGGAUGCGUUCAUGCUAAACUCAAGAUGGCAAACUCUUCAUGUGAAUAGAAAACAAAAACCAAACCAAGAUCUUCAUGCAAGUUCAAGCCUCUUUGUUGGAUGCAAAAAUUUAUUUGUAACGGCGAGUCGGUAUCCAGCAAUGGCGACCUCCUCUCUUGCUCCGCCUGAGGUGCCCAUGGAGCUGCAUGCAGGCAACCGUGACCGCCUCUUAACCGCACUGCACGCCCACCUCUCCGCCGCCGCUAGCCCUCCCCGCGGCCUUGCCCUCCUCCAGGGCGGUGAGGAGCAGACACGACACUGCACUGAUCAUCUCGAGCUGUUUAGGCAGGAGAGCUACUUUGCUUAUCUCUUCGGAGUGCGUGAGCCAGGGUUCUACGGCGCUAUAGACAUUGCCUCUGGACAAUCGAUUUUGUUUGCUCCAAGGUUGCCACCUGACUAUGCUGUCUGGAUGGGUGAAAUAAAACCACUCCCUUAUUUUAAGGAUAGGUACAAGGUUGAUUUGGUCUUCUAUGUCGAUGAGAUUGUGCAGGUUCUGCAAGAUCGAUUCAGUCAGCAUGGGAAGCCUGUGUUGUUUCUCUUGUAUGGAAAGAGUACUGACAGCGGAAAUUACUCAAAGCCUGCUAGUUUUGAAGGGAUAGAGAAGUUUGACACCGAUUUGAGUACACUCCACCCUAUCUUAACUGAAUGCCGUGUUAUCAAAUCUGGAAUGGAGCUUGCCCUCAUUCAAUAUGCCAAUGAUGUUAGCUCAGAAGCACACAUUGAGGUUAUGAGACAGGCAAAACCAGGCAUGAAGGAAUAUCAGUUAGAAAGCAUAUUUCUUCAUCAUUCUUAUAGGUAUGGAGCCUGUCGACAUUGCUCCUACACAUGCAUAUGCGCUACCGGAGAGAACAGGAAUUGUGAUACAAGUAUCAACAUCAUAACAACAAAUCACCAUCUAGUGCCUGUUGUAGUGUUAUCCACUGUUUCCAUUUGUUCUAUUCUUCAUUAUGGACAUACGGCUGCUCCAAAUGACCGGACGCUGAAUGAUGGAGACAUGGCUCUAAUGGACAUGGGAGCUGAAUAUAAUUUCUAUGGCUCUGACAUCACAUGUUCAUACCCCAUAAAUGGGAAGUUCAACAGCAACCAGGCAAUAGUAUACAAUGCUGUCCUUAAGGCUCAUAAUGCUGUCAUAUCACACAUGCAGCCUGGAUUAAAAUGGGUUGAUAUGCACAAGCUGGCCGAGCAGACAAUACUUGAAUCUCUCAAGAAUGAAAAGAUUAUCCAUGGUGAUAUUGCUGAUAUGAUGGCUCGAAGGUUGGGUGCUGUUUUCAUGCCUCAUGGUCUUGGGCACUUGCUUGGAAUUGACACCCAUGAUCCCGGAGGCUACCCUGAGGGCUUAGAGAGACCAAAGGAGCCAGGACUGAGCUCCUUGCGGACCAUAAGAGAACUUAAAGAAGGCAUGGUUAUUACGGUUGAGCCAGGCUGUUAUUUCAUCGAUGCUUUGCUGAGGCCUGCCAGGGAUGAUCCAAUUUCCUCAAAAUUCUUCAACUGGGAAGAGAUUGAGAAGUACAAAAGUUUUGGUGGUGUUCGUAUUGAAAGUGAUCUGUAUGUGACGGCACAAGGAUGCAAGAACCUGACAAACUGCCCCCGGGAGACCUGGGAAAUCGAAGCGGUAAUGGCUGGCGCGCCAUGGCCUCCACGUGCUUCCGUGACAAAAGCAGAGAACGGACUACCCAAAGCCUGAGCAUUCGCUUGUUGAUGCUCCCUGGGCGAAACAUAACCGUAAAAAUUGAAUGAACGAAGUACUCCAUAUAGGAUACUUUAAUAAGUGGGUGAUGGUUUCGUAUGCUGUGCUGUUGGUUUGGUUUGAGUGAGGAUAAAUUAGCAUGUUAAGUUCUAUUCCCUCCGUCCCAAAAUUCUUGUCUUAGAUUUGCCUAGAUACGGAUGUAUCUAAUACUAAAACAUGACUUGAUACAUCCGUAUUUAGACAAAUCUAAGACAAGAAUUUUGGGACGGAGGGAGUAAAUCUGGUGAAGUCAGUUACUUGUAGCUGUCCUAUGUGGACUCGAAAGGUUGAAGGCUCUUCAAUUAGUUCGACCAUCUCUGUUGAGAACCUGCAA